AUGCCGCUCCUUCCCAAGAAGUUCAACGGCAAGAUGGCCGAACCCCUGACGCCAUUCUUCGCCGCCGGACUGAUCGUCGCUUGGGCCGUCAACGCAGGCGCCAACGCCAUGAAGGACAGCGACGAGUUCAGAUUCCACCAGGUGCGUGACAUUUUCCCGGCGGGAAGAGGGUACCGCGCUGCCGAACGAGGCGCCGUAGCGGCGAACAUGGAGCUGACGAGACUUUUCACGCAUAGACAACCCGAAUGCAGCAAAGAACAGAGCAGCAGCGGACGCACCGGGGAAGCAUUGAUUGGUUUCUGA